AGUACGUCACAGCAUCUAUUUAAGCUUGUUUCACUUUCAUCCGUCAUUUAGACUGAAUGCGCCACAAUUAAGAGGUUAAAGGCAGUACGUAAGUGUUCCGACAAAGCUGCAGAUUCUUAACUGAAAUGGGUAAGAAGAAACAACGGAAUUUCCCACCCCAGAUCAUAGACGCCUCAUCUUUAACGAAGAAACUUCGUGAUUUCUCCGUAAAAUAUGUGAAGAUUCCUGAAGAAAACAGUACUCGUGCCAAGACGCUGGUCAAAGACUACAUUAAAGGCCAGAUCAUAGCGUACUGUCAAGAAAAUUCCAUUAUUGAGAUACAAAAAGAAUUGGAGUAUACUGGCAGCUUUUACGAGGGUUUGAAGACUGAGGAUGCUGAUGAGGCCGACAUCAUGGUAAUACUGAAAACACCAAGUACAGGGAUAGAGGUCAUCCAAUCCAAAUUUCCAGGGUACGUCCGUCUCAGAGCAAGAAAUGCCCAAAUGUUCAAGAAGUAUUUAAGUCCAGAAGGCUACAUUAAUGCCAAGAAGCUGCGAAAUAGCUGGUUUCAAAGCCUUGUUCGCCGGGCGGUGAAUAACAUUAAACCAAGAUCUCCAUACUCUGAGGUUCGUCUGGUCAUGCGUAGCCACGGACCAGCUGUCCAAGUGGACAUUUUCAGGAAAGAAUCUGACGAGAAGCUUUUAUCGGUUGAUCUCGUCCCUAGCUUCCAAGUUGAGGAGAGCUGGUAUGUGCCGAAGCCUUUUAAAGGGAAGCGAUAUGCGUCCAAUGAUGAGUUUCUUUGGAGAAAGACAUUUUCACCAAAGGAGAAGCAACUGCUAGUGUCUAUGGACAAGAAAGACCAAGGUUGUAGGCACGAGCUCCUUCGAAUCGUGAAGACCAUUGUCAAGAGGCCGGUGACAUCUUUACCACUGGAUUCAUACCAUUUGAAGACCGCCUUCAUGCACUUCAUGGAAAGGGGAGACCUGGAUUGGAAGAGUGGGGACGCGUUAGGGCAAAAUUUCUUUGAGUUUCUUAAAGAAUUACAGAGUCAUAUGGCGAGCAGAAAUCUUCCUCACUAUUGGUUGCAUGAUGUAAACGUUCUGGAUGAUUUCAAGGAAGAGGUUGUCCAGCAGAUGGCAAAUCGUUUAAGAAGGAUCCUCCACAGCGAAGUAAGGCUGAACAAGAUACUCAAAUAGCCUUCGUGACUCUACCUGUCUCUCUCGUACAAUCAAAGCUAUCUAUCAUUUCAUUGAACUUUCGACGGUCGAUUUUGGAAAAAGCUUGACACGCGAAGGGUAACAAAAAAGAAAGAAUAUCAACAGCAGCUUGGUCUUACUUCACUUUUCAUCUUUAAGAAAACAAAGACAUGGAAGACACCCGCUAUAGUUUGUUUUUUUUCUGUUACAAUAAAGUUGUUAUGCUCUCCUUUAGUCGAAAAGCUACUUACUCAUGACUAAGUAACGCAUAAUCUUCUGGUAAAAAUUCGGAAAAAAGGGCAAGAUAUAGUAGGUAACACUGAUCUAAUAUCUGAGGAAUUUGACAGCUAAAGAUUUGGCUUUAUCGGCUGUUGGUGGUGAACAUGACGGUUUAAGGUUAAUAGGUUGGUUAUUUGACGGUAGACAGUUGCUCCUAAGCAUUAAGCAAAAAAAUGGAAAAUAAACAAACAAAAAAAUGACU